UGAGCAGCCUAUAUUACUGUAAGACACAGAGGAAAGCUCAGUCUCAGGGAUGAUCUGCUUCAGCAUGAGGACCCUUACAGUCAGCUUUCUCCUGCUGCUGUCUGUCUGGAGCGUGUGUGUAUGCGCUGACAGCGGGAGGAUACGACAGAAGCGUGCAUGGAUCAUUGAUUCGUUUACUAUUGAGGAAGAACACCCUGGUCCGUUUCCAUAUCCAAUAGGCAAGGCUGUAGUCGAAAAGUCUUUUUUAGUAAAUUACGUACUUCAUGGUCAAGGUGUGGAUGAAGAUCCGAAGGAUAUCCUCUCCAUUGAUAAAUCAGGUGUUUUUUAUGUACACAAAAAGGUGGACUAUGAACGUGGCCCUAAAGUUAUCCAUUUGACAUUUGAAGCAAUAGAUGCAUUAAAUAAUAUAGUGGAUACAAGACUUGCGGUUGAGAUCAAAAUAUUGGACGUAAAUGACCACGCACCACAAUUUCAAAAGCCAGUCUAUGAAGUGACUGUGGACGAGUCACAUGAUCAAGGCAAAGAAGUUCUGACUGUGCUGGCUUUCGAUGAGGAUGAUUCAAGUACAGACAAUGGCACAUUUGAUUUCACAAUCCAGUCUGUCAUACCAAAGACAGAUAAUGUUGAAUUUUAUAUUCAGCAGCGAAAAGGAUCUGGGACAAUUUAUUUUAAGGGGUGUUUGGACUAUGAGAAAGCUCAGAAAUACACAAUCCUUAUUGAAGCGAAGGACAGAGGGGAAAAGAAACAGCUCUCAAGUACAAGUAAACUGAUAAUCAAUAUUUCAGACAAUAACAACAAUCUUCCAGAGUUCUCUGGCAGAACAGGACCAGGGAAGGUCAAGGAGGGAGAAGCUGGGGUUGAAGUUCUGCGACUGCAAGUAACAGACAAAGACGUCCGUGGUUCAAAAGCUUGGAAAGCCAAAUACACAAUCUCCGAAGAUAAACAAGAGAUAUUCAAAAUAGAAACGGACGCUGUUACGAAUGAAGGGAUUUUAACAGUUGUUAAGAAAAUGGACUACGAGGAGCAAACAAAUCACAAUCUGUCCAUCAGCGUGCAGAAUGAAAUUCCUUACUUUUCCUGUAAGAUUAAAAAUAAAGUACCGAAUGCCACGUGGGAGCUCGACAAAAUACCCCCAAUCUCUGGCACGAGUGCUGCAAAAUUCUAUAACCGCAUUCCAUUGACCAUUUAUGUAGAAGAUGUCAACGAUCCUCCGGUGUUCAUACCCAAUGUUAAACACGUCGUGGUAGCAGAGAACAUAGAUGUAGGAACAAGUCUUACAACCUUCACCGCUAAAGACAUGGAUGGAAGCCACAUGAACACAUUUACAUUUGUUAAAGGUAAAGAUAUAAAUAAAUGGAUAACUGUUGAUGCAAAGACUGGAGAAGUAUCCACAAUUCAAAUUCUGGAUAGAGAGUCACCAUUUGUGAUAAACAGCACCUAUACAGCAACCCUGUAUGCUGUGGAUGACGGUGUUCCUCCGCUGACAGGCACUGGAACUCUGGUCAUUCACCUGAUUGAUCAAAAUGAUAAUGUGCCAAUUCUGGAGAGGAACGAAGUCAGCAUCUGCGUAGAUAAAGAGCCCACGCUGGUCAACAUCACAGCCGUAGACCUGGACUUUCCUCCAUACGGAUCACCUUUCUACUAUGAGCUUUUAGGAGAUGUUAAGGACAAAUGGAGGGUUGAACCAGCUCAAGGCACAACGGUUAGUCUUGUAAAAGAAAAAGGUGUGUAUUCAGGUCAUCACCUCCUCCAGAUUAAAAUAUCAGACCAGCAGGGACUUUCCUCCGUCCAGAACCUGAUGGUGACGGUGUGUGACUGCUCUGUCACUGCUAACUGUCAUCUCAGGACGAUCUCACAGGCUCGGGUGGGGCCAGGUGCCGCUGGGAUGGUUGUUCUUGCAAUUCUGAUUUUUACAGUAAUGUGCUUAAUAAGUCUACUGAUGUCCUGCAAGACGGAGAACAGAAUGAUUAUGAUUGAUGAUGGCGUCGGUCAUCUCAUCACAUCAAAUACCGAAAAUCCAGGAACAGACUGCGUGGUGUCUUCCAGUAUGGGUAUUCACAAAACUGUUCCUUCCAACGUAAACCAUGUAAAUGUGACUAAAAAUGUAAGCUCAAACCAGAAGGUCACAACACAAACUGUGAGUAACAACACAACUCUUCAAAAAUUCUGCAUCCUGUUUGCUAGACAUUUUCUUAAAAAGACAAUUUUGCUUCAUGAUAUCCAGGUGAUGCAUAAAGAACAGCAAGCCGUUUCACAGACUCCGUGGUCAGUCCACAGCAACCAGCUGUUGAAAGGCUCAGUGUCCAGGAAUUCCACAAGACGUACAUACAGAGGACAUUCACGGCAAUCGAAUGUCACAUCAAGUUUUAGAAGCAGUACUUCCUACAACUCCAAAGUAUCUUACUUGAGUGAAAACCUUGGCGUUCUCAUCAACCAGAAACUUCUUGCUCUCCAAACCAGUGAUGAGGGACAUAGUAUUUACAAGCCACACUGUUACACAGACGAAGGACAGCUUGAAGCCAGUGAUGAGCUGGAUGCAAUAUCCAUUCCAGAGGACCACUUUCAUCCAGAGAUGCUUAAAAAUCUGGACAGCAAGUUCAGUCAGCUAGCAAAAAUCUCCAGACCUGACCUGAUGAGAAGGUGACAGUUAUCUCAGGACGUGUAGUCUAAAUAUAAAUAUUUAGGACAAAAUGCAAAAAUUCUUUUUUAAAAUAAAUACAUUUGACUACAGUCCUACAGUAUCAAUGAUGAUAAAUAGAACCCCAUUUGCAUUUCCUGGGUGCAAGAAUACAGUGCUUGCAAGGCAACAAAGGAACAUAGUAUUAAUAGGUUUAGGUGAGCUCAGGAUUUUGGUGUUAGUUCUGUUUAUUUUUAUAUCUUUAUUUUUUUUAUUUUUUUUGCACUGUGUUCAUGUGGAAUAAUUAGCAGGCAUUUAAUAAAAAAAAUACAUUAA